CGUAACAUUUGAACGUUUCAUGUUUCGUUUCCUUUCAUCGUGUACACUUAAAAGACGGAGGAUUGCUUCCCCCUUCGCCGGUGGGUCAACGUGUACAUGUGUAAAAUGCGAUAACUAUUGACAGCUAUGGCGAUUGAUAGUUAUCUGCUUUUCUUUCUAUUGCUUCAAUGUUACUACGUGAUUGAAUAGGUUAACUUCAGUCUAUCACAUGAAUUAAUAUUCUGCGAUGACUAAGCGGACGGGAGAUGAUGUCAUCGUGUUGGAAUUGCAACUACUCACCGUGCAUAAUAACACUCUAGUUAAUGUCAUACAAUCGUACCUACUUUGUGUUUAUGUAUUUAUGAUCGACACGAAGUGCAGUUUAUGGUUUCUCAGCGCCCAAAUACAUUUUUUGUCAUUAAAAAGGGACCAACGACGGCAUGUUAAGGUAAGACUACACUACCCAUGAUGCAUUCGCCUUGUAGCCACAUCCCAACAUUUUUGGCGAGAAGCUCAAGAGUUAGUGAUUUGCUGCUCAUCGAAGGCACUGAAAUGACGCCACACAUAUUGACCAAUCACAUGCGACUUGAAGAGAAACUUGAGCAGGGGAGCGCGAGGGGAAAAACUGCCCUCCCGUGUUUCACUUCAGGAGCGGUUUCAUUCGCCGACGACGCGACACAUUACAAAUCAAAGGCGGGAGAAGGAAGGGCGAAGGCAAUCGCACGCUGAUUGAAGCAUUUAAACUUUAAACUAACUUUUUUUUUUUUAGGACGAACUCUGCUUCAUGACAAAAUAUGACAUUUUAACGAGUAGAUAGAAGAAGUCCAAGGGACAGCAAACACUUAACGGUUGAUCAAAGCAACCGUUGGAGUCACCGAGGGGAAACUAUUCAACCAUCAGUGUUGAAGAUGAUUAUGAAGACGCACAAGCGUAAACUCCAGCCGGAGGCUCCUGAGGAGGUUUCAGACAGGAGCAGCCUGGCCUGGGAGAGACAGCGGCAGUUUGUCUUCAGUGUUUCCAUGCACAAGUAUCAGCAGGACCAGGAGACACCUGAGCCCAGCCUGAGGAGGUCCGUCUUGAUCACCAACACGCUGCGGCAGAUGGAAGCGUGUCAGGCGUCCUCUGUCGGCUUGCAGGUGCCCCUACUGUCUGAUGUUCAUGAGCCAAAGGAGCAGCUCGGUGUCGCUGCGCAAAACGACCUCCCAUCUCCUCCCAAAUGUCAGCGGGUGGUUCCCAACGGUGGCAAAAGUGUGUCUUGUGCAGCAUCGCUCCCCCUGUCUGCGGAUGACGAGGACUGGAGCUUGUUGGCCGUUGAUCCAGAUUUUUCCAUUUCACCCGCCAUAUCGACCAUCCUCACCGGCCUGGACUCCACCAUUGAUGUGAGCACUCAGGUGUGUCCACGGACGGCCCUCAGGUCCUUGGAAAACCUCCCGGCCUCCCCUGAUGCAGGAGUCUUCUGGCUGAAGCAGGUCAGAGGUCACGGGAGGUGCUGGGAGCAGCAGCAGGAGUUCAUGGAGUGGGAGGCCAGCAUGGAGGUGAGCAGCGCAAGCUACCUCAAGGACGUCAUGGUGGAGGACAUGUUCCAGGACAUAGACACGUCCCAGCUGGAGAGGGACAUGGGAAUACUUGGCCUGAGGGCCAGUGGAGCUGCAUACCCCACUGCAGAGGAUCUUCAGUGCCUGACUCCCCUGACCCCCUCCACACAUUCCCAGCCUCUCCCGCUCAACCACCACAUGAAGGGCCUGCCGUCCUUCUCCUCCUUCUCGGCUCACAUGAGAGAAGGACUGGAGCUGGAGAAUCUGAUGACCACGCUGGUGGAAUCCUGAGAUGUUCGUGCGCCAAAAUGAGCUUGUGUGCAGCACAAAGUCGUCACGGGGAAAUCAUGCAGGAAGAAAACUGCAUACAUGAUUUAUUUAAUGCUGCUAAGCAGCGAGUCGAUGCACGGUCAAGCAACUCUUAUUUGUUACUGAUGCAAUGUCUGUUUAAACACUAAUGUUCUUCCGUGAAGAAAAGUUUAACCCUUGGUAUUUAUCAAGCGUCGUUACUCGUUGAGAUGCACUCUCGUAUUUCAAAUGUUGCUGAGAAGAAACCACAUUGAACUGUGAUAUCAGACUAGUUUGUCGCUUAAAUGUUGUCUUGUUCAUCAUUUACUGUUGGAAGGCGGGCUCGCAUUGUUUGAGGCCUCAUGUUGGAAUGGACGCACUUUUGUUCUUAACAUUCAUCACCGAGCGAGCUUCUUGUUUCUUUGUCAGCUGACACAAAGUCUUGAAAUGUUUACAUUCACAUGUUCCACAACCUUCAUAUUCCCUUGUUAAAGCCUCCACAUAUUUAUAACAUGUUUUGUUGUUGACGUUUUGUCCAUUUAGUCACUAUGGCAGUUGUCAUUGUAAUGGUGUUGAAAUGGAGGACAAAUGUCCACAUUGUAUUUACUCCUCUUUUUAAAGAGAUUUGUCUUUUUUCCCCACUUGUACUAAUAUUUUUUAUUAAAAUGACAAUUUC